AUGGCCUCAAAUAAUACCAAUCCAAUCCCCACCGCCGUCUCCGACAACAAUGGCCUCUUAUGCUCCCCACAACCCACGAUAAUGGACCAUAAUCCAGCUCGCCCGGUUUUGGGAGAGAUGAUGGGGACUUUUUUGCUAAUGAUUUGCGUGAGUGGAGUGGCGGCGACCGGCCAGAUGAUGGGCGGUCAGGUGGGUUUAUUGGACUACGCCGCCGCCGCCGGGUUGACUGUCGGCGUUCUGACAUUCUGCUUUGCUCCCAUUUCCGGUGCUCAUUUCAACCCUGCCAUCACUCUUGCCUCUGCCAUUUUUGGUCACUUUCCAUGGUCCUGGGUGAUGCCGUACACGGUGGCUCAGACGACAGGUUGUGUAAUGGCGACAUAUGCAGGAAUGUUCGUUUACGACAUUAAACCACAACAAUUGACCACUCGACCAUUUCGUGGCUCCAUGUCUGCCUUCUUCGUUGAGCUUCUUGCAACCUUCAUCCUCAUGUUCCUCAUUUCUUCUUUACCCCAUCAAUCCCGACCCCGACCCGGUGGUCAAUUGUCGGGCUUUGUCAUUGGAAUGGCCAUCGGGCUUGCUGUGUUUAUUGCCGGGCCCAUUUCAGGUGGAUCGAUGAACCCAGCAAGAUCAUUAGGGCCCGCAAUGGUUUCAUGGGCUUUCGAUGACAUAUGGAUAUACAUUACAGCUCCGGUGAUCGGAGCUGUUACCGGUGCCUUCUUCAGCGGCGUCCUCCGCCUUCAUCCUCCGCCGAUCCAUUCUUCCGACGGCGGAAAUUUCCGUCGCUCCUCCUCAGCCAACUUACAUCUAAUUCCUUAGCAAAUCACCACCUUCUUUUCAUUACUCGCUCCGACGAUCUUUCUCAA